UUAGAGGGCAGCCUUGUGGAUGGCCCCGAAGCAAGCCAGAUGGAACAGGAUAGAACCAACCAUGUUGAGGGCAACAGACUGAGUCCAUUCCUGAUACCACCGCCUUCUCACAUUUGCCAGCCAGAGUCAUUGGCAGUGAAGCUACAGAAUGGCAGUCCAUUAACAGAGAGGCCUCACCCAGAAGUAAAUGGUGAAAAUAAGUGGCUAUCAUUCAAGAACAAUUAUGGAAUGCCCCCUACGAAGGGAAGCCAGAAUAAUUGUGUCAGCCCAGACUUCAUACAUGAAGAUAGAGAGUAUCCCAAGUGUAUGCAAAAUGGGGGAAUAAAACGUACUUCUAGUGAGCCUUCCCUCUCUGGAUUCCAUCAGAACAAGAAAGUGAAACAAGAUCAAGAUGUCAAUGGGGAAAGAGAUGACUUCAGGGGAAAUCAAGAAGUAAAUAGUCAAGGUGAAAGCAGCAGUCAACCAAAUGUCUCCAAUUCAUGUAACAAGGUGCCUGUGAACUUCACAGUUCAGGAAGAAGCAGCCUCAGAUUUUCCCUGCUCCACAAGGCGUAAUUGCAGCGGGUCCGAAAACCCAGAAUUCAAAAAUCAAAAUGAGCAGGAGAGGAAAAAUGUUAGUUACUCAAACAAGAACGUUGUAUUAUAUCUUAAAAACAAGGCAGUGCCAAUGCCUAAUGGUGCUACAGUUUCUGCCUCUUCUAUGGAAAACACACAUGGUCAACUCCUGGAAAAAACACUGUCUCCCUAUUAUCCAGAUCGUGUUUCCAUUGCAAUGCAGAAAACCACAUCUCACAUUAAUGCCAUUAAUAGUCAGGCUACUAAUGAGUUGUCCUAUGAGGUCACUCAUUCAUCCCAUACCUCAGGGCAGAUCAACUCCCCACAGACCUCAAACUCUGAGCUGCCUCAAGUGCCAGCUACAGUGGUGCCUGAGGUCUGCAACGCUGAUAACUCCAGUAUACCAGCUACAAUGCCAGGUAGUUACCCCCUUCAGAAGCCAGAACAACAGGUGCAGCAACAGAAAUCCAUUUUUGAGAUAUGUCCCUCUCCGGUAGAGAAUAGUAACCACCAAGGAACCACAGAGCUGGUACCUGGUGAAGAAUUCUGUCUAGGUUCCAGAAACAACCUGCAAAUUUCUGGUGGCACCUCUGAUGGAUAUUCAAAGCAAACUAAAAUGAGCGGAGUUUACUUGAAGCAAAACUCUGUGUUUGCUAAGGAUUCUUUCAUUGCUACUACACCUCCAUCACCACCCCAAUCAUCUCCUCUUCCUUUUCUUCUUCCUCUUCCUCCUCCUCCAGUUCCUCAACCUCCCUCAGAAGUGGAAAGCACUCUGCAUGAUGAGGUGACAGAAAAGCCCCAUCACUACCCUAGCCAAAGUGAAGAAAAUCUUCUAAGGGAAAUGAAGAAUGAGGGGCUGUCAGGCGGCCCUAUGUCCCAGAGUCCUGACCUAUCCACAUGUGCUACCAAAUCUUUGAUGUUUCCAGAGAAGCCUCAGAAUAACUGUGUCCACAGAAAUGAAAUUCCAGCUUCCAUGAUGGCAUCGACAGUUCCUUCAUGCUCUGAGGAAAGAAAGCCAAUAUCUGAACAGAUCAACCAGCGACCAGAAGCCAUUAGAAGUGGUAGAGAUCUCCAGCAACACUACCAGAAGCUGAUUGGACAAAAAGACCAAGAAAUAACAAGUAAAAAUGAGAGGAAGGAGGCAAAAGACCAAGUACUACAAACUCAGUCAUAUGUGAAACCGGGUUGGAUUGAGCUGACUUCCUCUCACUUUCAUCAAGGAGAAUCUCACCCAAAGUCUAAGGAGGAAUUACUGAGGAUGAUGCUUCAGUAUCAGUCCAAUAAAGUCGAUCAGAUGACCUCAAAACAAUAUACCAGGGGCCACAGCAUAUCCAAAGGAACCCCAGGGCAAACUCAUAUCCAGAAAAUGGUGCAACAGGAACAGAUGCCCCAGAUGUACCAAAUGGAGAGUGCCCAAGUGCAGUCUCAGGCCCCAAUGGACCAGUUCCAAAAGCCUUCACCCCAAAUGCCCCUUCCCAAGAUGGAACCCCCACUUCAGGCCCAUAUGCAGGCACACUGCAUGCCAAAAUUUCCUUUUCAGGCAAGACCAGAUCACCAAGCUGAGAAACCAUUAUGCCCACUCCUGAAGCAGCCGCACUUGAACCCUCAGGCUGCAGAGACUGAGCCAUUCUUACCCUCUCACCUCUUGCAGCCUUCGCUGCAGAAACAGGCAGCUCAAGGACAAUUGCCUCCGAACACAUCCCGCACUCUAAACCAUCAGCAGCAAAAACUCCAAGGGAAGAAUAAAGAACCAGGGGCGCAGACUUUUUCUCAUUCACAGGGCAGCAAUGAACAACAGAGAGAAAGGCCCUCCUUUGGCCAGAUGAAAAGGGAGGAAUGCCUUCAUUCUGAAAGUCAGUAUAGCAAGGCAAAUGAGUUCCUGUCUCAUAACACACAUGUGGGGCUAGAGCAGGGACACAAUAUCAAUAGAAGAAACUCUUCUUAUGGCCAGAUGUUGAAAUCAAACAUAAACAACAUGCAGCUUUCAUGCCAAAACAAUGUACACUUGGCUUCGGAGAGGAAGGACAAUGCAAUCAGUUCUGAAUUCUUCAUAGGAAACAAAACACAGGACUUGCAUCAGAUGCAAUACUUUCCAAAUAAUGCAACUUCAAAGCCAGGUGUGUCUCAUGGGUGCUUUCAAGAACAGAGACGUAACAUGCAACAAGCAUCGACCCAUCAACGGUUACCACCCCAACUGCCACAGGGAUAUCACAGUAAGAACCAAGACUUGCCUAGCAAGCGAGUGACCCAGGACCUUCAGCAAAGGUACUCUUUGCCUCACCAGACGACUGCCCCACCUGUAACAGAACAGAAAGCAAGUCACAUGCAAUCACCUCCACAAAAGGACUUCCAAAAGCAUGCUGCCCUUCGGUGGCACCUCCUGCAAAGGCAAGAGCAGCAACAAGCCCAGCAAGCCAAGGCUGAGGCUUGCCACAGACAGAUGCUCAAGCCAAUUAAGGUGGAAGCUGAAGCUAAGCCAAAUGCCUGUAUGCGCUCCUUGGCAGGACCGCCAGAGAACAAAGCAUGGAAGAAGGCUGCAAAGCAAGAAGUUCAGCACUUGGGGUGUGAUCAGACACAACAAAAGAGCAUCAUUGAGACCAUGGAACAGCAGCUGAAACAGAUUCAGGUUAAGUCCCUGUUUGAUCACAAGGCCCUUACUAUCAAGUCACAAAAGCAUGUGAAAGUGGAAAUGGCAGGGCCAGUCACUGUGUUAACUAGAAAUACCAGUGCUUCAGAACUUAAUGGGCAUGCCCCAACAUCAGAGCAGCAAGCAGCUUCUUCCUCUGAAAAAACACCCACAAAAAGAACAGCUGGUUCUGUUCUCAAUCAUUUUUUAGAGUCACCUUCCAAGUUGCUAGAUACACCUAUAAAAAAUUUAUUGGAUACACCUGUCAAGACCCAAUAUGAUUUCCCAUCAUGCAGUUGUGUAGAGCAAAUUAUUGAAAAAGAUGAAGGUCCUUUUUAUACCCAUCUAGGAGCAGGUCCUAAUGUGGCAGCUAUUAGAGAAAUCAUGGAAGAAAGGUUUGGACAGAAGGGUAAAGCUAUUAGGAUUGAAAGAGUCAUCUAUACUGGUAAAGAAGGCAAGAGUUCUCAGGGAUGCCCUAUUGCCAAAUGGGUAGUUCGUAGAAGUUCCAAUGAAGAAAAGCUACUGUGUUUGGUGCGGGAGCGAGCUGGCCAUACCUGUGAGGCAGCUGUGAUUGUGAUCCUCAUCCUGGUGUGGGAGGGAAUCCCACUCACCCUUGCCGACAGAUUAUACUCUGAACUCACUGAAACGCUAAGGAAAUAUGGCACUCUCACCAAUCGACGGUGUGCACUAAACGAAGAACGAACCUGUGCCUGUCAGGGGCUGGAUCCAGAAACCUGUGGUGCCUCAUUUUCUUUUGGCUGCUCAUGGAGUAUGUAUUACAAUGGAUGUAAGUUUGCCAGAAGCAAGAUCCCAAGGAAAUUUAAGCUGCUUGGGGAUGAUCCAAAAGAGGAAGAGAAAUUGGAAUCCCAUUUGCAAAAUUUAUCUACUCUGAUGGCACCUACAUAUAAGAAACUUGCACCUGAUGCAUAUAAUAACCAGAUUGAAUAUGAGCAUAGAGCCCCAGAGUGCCGCCUGGGAUUAAAGGAAGGUCGCCCAUUCUCUGGAGUCACUGCCUGCCUGGAUUUCUGUGCCCAUGCCCACAGAGACUUACACAACAUGCAAAAUGGCAGUACACUGGUUUGCACACUCACCAGAGAAGACAAUCGGGAGGUUGGUAGAACACCCGAGGAUGAGCAGCUCCAUGUUCUGCCUUUAUACAAAGUCUCUAACGUGGAUGAGUUUGGCAGUGUGGAAGCCCAGGAGGAAAAAAAGAGGAAUGGGGCCAUCCAGGUGCUUAGCUCCUUUCGGCGCAAAGUCAGAAUGUUGGCAGAGCCUGCCAAGACUUGCCGGCAGAGGAAACUGGAAGCCAAGAAAGCUGUGGCUGAAAGGCUCUCCUCAUUAGAGAACAGCUCAAAUAAGAAUGAAAAAGAAAAGUCAGCUUCUGGACGUCAAAAGCAGGCCAACUCAGAGACUGCAAACCAUGCUAAACAGUUGGCAGACCUUUUACGACUUUCAGGACCAUCGAUGCAGCAACAGCAGCAGCCACAACAGCAACAUCCCCUGACAAAUAACCCUCAGUCAACUUCUGUCAAUGCUUAUGCUACUUCAGGCCCCCCGAAUCUAUAUAUGAGGCGACCCAACCCAGUUAAUCCUUAUUCCAGCUCUUCCCACCCUUCAGACCUUUAUACUGGGGCCAACUCUAUGAAUCUCUAUACCACCUCAUCCCAGGCUGCAGGUUCUUAUUUGAAUUCUUCCAAUCCCAUGAAUCCCUAUGCAGGGUCUCUGAAUCAGAAUAAUCAAUAUCCGUCUUACCAAUGCAAUGGAAACAUGCCUAUGGAUAACUGUUCUGCCUACUUGGGUUCCUAUCCUUCCCAGUCUCAACCAAUGGAUCUAUACAGGUAUCAGAGCCAAGACCCUCUAUCUAAGCUAAAUCUCCCACCUAUUCAUACACUAUACCAGCAGAGGUUUGGAAAUAGCCAGAGUUUUGGUCCCAAGUACUUGAAUUAUGGAAACCAAAAUAUGCAGGUGGAUCCUUAUAAUAGCUGUACCAUUAGACCCAAUGUACACCAUGUAGGGUCUUUUCCUCCCUACUCCAUGCAUGAUAUGGAUGGCCAUUUCAUGGAAUCUGCUUCAAGGUUACCACCCAAUCUGAACAAUCCAAACUUAGACUAUACAUCUAUGAAUAAAAAUGGUGAACAUCACCCACCACCUCCCCACCUAGUUCAUGAAUACCAUGCUGCUUCGGGUAUAUUCAGUAGUCCUCCUCAUUCCUUCCAUCUCCCAAACAAAGAACGUGAGAUGCUUUCCCACACAGCUAAUGGAUUGUCUAAGAUGCUUCCAGGUUUUAACCAUGAUAGAACUAUUCCUGUUCAAGGAGGCUUAAACAAAUUAAAUGAUGUUAAUCAUCUGGAAAAGCAGCCGCAUGCACCAAGCCAGGGUCUGGCCUCUGCUUCAGAGGACAAUGAUGAUGUUUGGUCGGACAGUGAGCACAGCUUUCUGGAUCCCGACAUCGGUGGAGUGGCAGUGGCCCCAACUCAUGGGUCGAUUCUCAUUGAAUGUGCGAAACGCGAGCUCCAUGCAACCACCCCCUUAAAGAAUCCCAACAGAAACCACCCCACCAGGAUAUCCCUUGUGUUUUACCAGCAUAAGAGCAUGAAUGAACCAAAACAUGGCCUGGCUCUAUGGGAAGCCAAAAUGGCAGAGAAAGCACGGGAGAAGGAGGAAGAAUGUGAAAAGUAUGGCCCAGACUACGUGCCUCAGAAAACCUAUGGUAAGAAAACCAAACGGGAGCCUGUUGAGCCUCAUGAACCUUCAGAACCAACCUACUUGCGCUUCAUCAAGUCUCUUGCCCAAAGGACAAUGUCUGUCACCACAAACUCCACAGUGACUACAUCUCCAUAUGCCUUUACACGGGUCACAGGGCCUUAUAACAGAUAUAUAUGAUGUCACACCCUCUGUUGGUUACCUCAUUUGUAAAGAUGACCACCAACCGGUCAGUGGGGGAGAGUUCUCAUUUUGGUGGGGGGAGGGGGGAGAAACAGAUACCGUAUUUAUGUUCAACAUGGUGGAAUAACCUCAGCACACCAGCAAAAAAAAAAAUGAGGUAGUCUUUACCAUGGCACUUAAUUUCCACUGACUAGUAAUAAGUGGUCACAGAUGCCAGGUAGGAAAUGAGACCAAAGCAUUCUAUGCAAAAAAGAAGAGGGAGGGGCGGAAGUGUUUCACAAUUUACAUUUUGAAAACACUGGUUCUAUUAUGGGAUGAGAUAAUAUGUAAAUGUGAAUUUUCCUUACAACUCUGCACAUCUGUGACCACUUUUAAUAAUAUCGAGUUUGCAUAGUCAUGGAACAAGAGUCAAACAAAUACUAUAGUGUUACAGUAGGAAUCAUAAAAUACCAUCUGGUGCUGAAUAUUUGAUGUACUGAAAGACUGGAAUUAUGGGUUUUUAACAUGCAGUUUUUACUGUAAUCUUAAUAUUAGUUUUUAUUUAUCAAAACAGAUACAUAGAACAUGAAAAUGAAUAGACAGCAAACACUGAAUUUGUUUGGAUAUCCUAAAAUAUGGUGCUAAGAAAAUGGUGUCUUUAACAUAGAAGUUGAACAUGUAAUGCCUUUAUAAUAGUCAAAAUGUUAACAGUGUACUCAAAUGCCUUUGAAUGACAGGGGCACCUUUUCAUCCAAGUUUUUAUCCCAGUUAAUGUAUACUUAGACAAGUUUUUUAAAAUUUUAAAGGCCUCUGGAUUUUGCUCAUCCAGCGAAGUCCUCAUUAGGACAGUAAGCAUAUUGA